GCGUCAGCUGGCUGAAUGUUUACAUCCAGCCAGUGGUGUGUUUCUGAUCCCCCACAACAAUCGACCGAGCAGCAGGAAAACCGCUAAAGACAGAGAUAAUCGCUGGGAAUUCCCUCAAAGUCAUUAUGGGUGGAGCUGUCAGUGCUGGAGAGGACAAUGAUGAUUUGAUUGACAACCUGAAGGAGGCUUACUACAUCCGCUCCGACCUUGUGGAGCGGGCUUUUCGAGCGAUCGACCGGGCAGACUAUUACCUAGAUGAAUACAGGGAUAAUGCCUACAAGGAUUUGGCAUGGCGGCAUGGGAAUAUACACCUGUCCGCUCCGUGUAUCUACUCUGAGGUGAUGGAGGCGUUGGACCUCCACCCUGGACUCUCCUUCCUCAAUCUUGGCAGUGGGACAGGCUACCUCAGCACAAUGGUCGGCCUCAUACUGGGACCAUUUGGAGUGAAUCAUGGGAUAGAGCUGCAUGCAGAUGUGAUUGAAUAUGCAUACCAGAAACUCGACUCCUUUAUUAAAACGAGCGACAGCUUUGACAAAUUUGAGUUCUGCGAGCCCUCCUUUGUCGCGGGCAACUGUCUGGAGAUUCCUCCAGAGAGCCGUCAGUAUGACAGGGUGUACUGUGGCGCCGGUGUGCAAAAGGAGCAUGAAGACUACAUGAAGAACCUGCUCAAAGUGGGUGGCAUCCUUGUGAUGCCCCUGGAGGAAAAGUUGACCAAGAUCACCCGCACAGGGCUCAACAGCUGGGAGACCAAGAAGAUCAUCUCUGUGUCCUUUGCUCCUCUGGUGCUGCCCAAACACAGCACGAAUGGAAAACCCAAGACUGUCCCUCUGCCGAAGUAUGAGGUACGGACUUUACAGGAGCUGGCUCGUAUCUGCAUCCGCCAUACCCUCAGAGUGAGCACAGAUGGAGGCGACAGCCAAUCACGUGGCCGGGGCUCCUCCUUCAGUGUGGGUCGGGGUCUGGCUGUAGCCGGGCUUCAUAAGUACGGCCCUCGCUUCAAGCGCCGGCGCGUCCACCGGCGCCACUGCAACGCCCUCGUCUUGGCCACGCGUCAAGUGGUGGCCAGCAGCGGAAUCAGCCCCGCAUCUCUGGACAACAACAACAACCAGGGAGGCAGAGCGGAGGACGAGGAGGAGGCAGGAGAGAGGGAGGUGAGGCGACACAUGAGAGGGAGCAGGAGGACGGGGAGGGUGGAAGAGGAGGACACGGUGGAGGAAGAGGACGAGGAGGAGGAGCAGGAGGAGGAAGAGGAGAAGGAGACCGGCGAGCUGCUCCGACCCCAGCCGGCUGUGAACAUCCUCAGGGAGAGGAUACUGGGCCUGCCGCUGCCGGAGCCUCUGAAGAUGUACCUGCUGUAUUACAGAGAAAAGUGAGGCUGCUGGAGUCACAGCGUGGUCCUGAGUCCGAGCCCAGAGCUGAAACCAACAAGCAGACAGGAGCUGAGGCCUCUGUUAAGACCCCCAACACCACCUGCACAAGGCAGGACUACAUGCCAUCCUACUGACCCUCCGCUCCACCACGGGUCUGUCCCUCUGUUACUGGUUCUCAUCCUCUCCAUCCAACAUCCCCCCCUUCCCACUCCCUAUUUUAGCUCUCUGCCUUCACUGUUCUAUACUUGAUUCAUUUGCUGACAGUGUCAAGAGUUGGUUCCCUUUGUCCAGUGGAGGGGGUGAAGGAGGGGUUAUGCUACUCUGGGAACAGAAACAAUCCAGCAGGUAAUUUGAUAUUAGUGCAUAUUAGAACCACAUUUUCCCACAAACACGCUAAUCUAGCAUCAGCAACAGCUUAGCAGACUACAGUUGCCAAAUUAUCCACUGCUUUAAAAAAAAGGCAA